ACAUACACACAGAUACAUGUACAUACACAGAAAUACACACGCACAGACACAUGUACAUACACACGCAUAGACACAUGUACAUACACAUAGACACAUGUACACACAUGUAUGUACAUACACACAAACACACACACACACCCCAUAAAAAGUUGCAGUACUUCCUUGUUCACUCACAGAGCCGGGUACUGCACUCUAGGGGGAGGCAGAGAGCACAGCACACACUCCUUCCUUUGCUUUCACUGCGCUCAGCUAUUAAGCAGUCUGACGGCUCCCAGUGCCACUGACAGAUCCGGCCUGAGCUCCGAGCCUGCUCAGCAAGACGGCCCUGGAGGACACACUUGCCCCCACCAUAAUUUCCACUCGCCAUUGCCGAGCAGGUGAGUGAAAAUUUCAAGCCCUGCCCUAUAUCACU